AUGGAUAGCAAAAAAGUAUCUUCAAAUAUAAAAAUUAGAUCUAAAGGCAAUGUAAAAGACGAAAAGUUAACUGAAAUGGGAGCGAAAAUCGAUGAGACGGAUGAAAUGAAACUAAAAAUGUUAGCUGCACUUGAUAAACCAGACGAAGAUGAUAUUUUAUAUCCUCCAGAACUAAAUGCACAUUUAAUUGAACAGCUUAAGAUUACGACGGGUGAAAAUAACGAACUACGUAAAUGUAUAUUUAUGAAAGACGAAGAGAUGAAAGAACUGAAUAAAACUAUAUUGGACCUUAAGCAACGAAUACGUGACAUCAUAUCUAGUACUGGACCAGCAAUUUCAUCAAAAUCUGCUGGAAUAAUAAGUGCUAAAAUAACAGAGCUCUGCAAGCAGAACCGACAUUUAGUAGCUGAAGUUGAAAGUUAUAAAACGAAAAAUGCUGCGCUCGAAAGAAAAAUAAUGCAACUCGAUAUUAUCAAUAAAGAGAAUGAAAAAUUAGAAGCUUGCCUUUGCAAGGAAGAAACAAUCGAUGUUAAUUCGGACGAAUUGAAAGAAUUAAACAAUAAGCUUACUGUAGUCAAUAAAAGACUGUACGAAAGCAAAAAUAGAAAUCUUGAAUUAAAGAAUGAUAUAUUAAUAGCAACGAAAAUACUGCAACAAGAGCUUGGCGAUAAAUUUACGAGUAUAAAAGAAUUGCAAAAUGAUUUAGCCGGUUGGAAGGGUAGAGCACAGCAGAUUGUUUUAUUACAAGCAAAAAAUAUGGAACUAGAAGAAAAACUCAACGGUAAGAAUAAAGACACGACAGAAUCAAAGAGAAAGGAUCAAGCUCAAAUUAUUCGGGAAUUAGAAAUGAAAAGGAAAAAAGAUAUAGACCAAGCCAUGAAAGAUUUAAAUAUGCUUAGAAAAGAAAACCAAGAAUUAAAAAAGAAAUUGGAUGGAGCAAGAUGUCGAAUAAGAAAUUUAGAGUGUGAUUCGACAACUGUAAGGCAAAAAAUGCAAACUUUUGUUGAGAAAAGUAACCAUGAUGAUCUUCUUAUAACAGAGCAAAGAAAUCAAAUAAAAAAUUUGGAAAUUUACUACCAAGAAAUUCUGAAAGAGAAUACAUCAAAGAUAACAAAGAUGAAUAACGAAAUUGGAGAGUAUCAAAAAUUAAUCAGAAAUACGGAUGCGAAAAUUGACGCUCUUCGACAACAAGCAUCAGAAAAGGCGACAAAAAUUGAGGAAUUGAGAGCUCAGUUAUUAAGAUAUGAGGAAUGUUCAUUACAAAGUGUUUUCUUUACUCCGAUGAAAACAGCGACAGACAAUGAAAUAAAAAAGUUAUCGGAUUUAAUUGUGACGCUAAACGAGAGGUUAGAUUGUGAACGUCACAAAUGGGAAGAAUUGGAUAUAGCGCAUAGAAAGCUGAAAGAGAAGAAGAAAAAGUUAGAAAGGAAAGUGAUAUCUUUGGAGGAAGAACUGAAGGCUUUGAAAGAAGGUUCUAGAAGAGGAUCAAGAACAUCUAAGAUAUUAUUGACUAAAGAACAGCAAUACGAUGUAACAUUUGGAACAACAUCCUUAACGAAGAAGCCAUCAUCAAUCGUAGUAUUCAACAAGCCGAGUGAGACAAUUUCAUCAGAAACUCCAACAGGAUAUGAAGCUUUAGAAAAAGAUGAAUUAAAGUACAAAUUAGAAUUGGCGGAAGAAAAACUUAAAAUAAUGGAAGACAAACUUAAAAUGAUUGAAGAAGAAAAACAAGAUGACUAUAAAAAUCUAACAGAAAUGAUACAAACUUCAAAACAACUGUUUAACGAAGCGUUGUCAGUUUUAAAACGUGACAAGUGUCAAUGUGAGCAAUAA